AUGCAGUCGCCCCCAAGCCUGUGCGGUCGCGCCUUGGUGGCGCUGCUGCUUCUUGCAGGCUUCGUAGGUGUCUGGGGAGAGGAAAGGGCCUUCCCGCCGCCUGGGGCCACUCCAUCAAUUUCAGGGAUGGGAGAGAUCAUGACGCCUUCCUCUAGGACCUCUUGGACAAGAGGAUCUAACGCCAGCCUGCCCAGGUCCUUAGCACCUCCGCAAGCACCUACAGGUGGGAAGACGAUGGGGUACAGGCAGAGAAAUUUCUCUCCUCCCCCUUGCCAAGCACCUACCGAGAUCAAGGUCACUUUCAAGUACAUCAACACUGUAGUGUCCUGCAUCGUAUUUCUGUUGGGCAUUAUCGGGAACUCCACUCUCCUGAGAAUUAUCUACAAGAACAAGUGUAUGCGCAAUGGGCCCAACAUCUUGAUCGCCAGCCUAGCUUUAGGGGAUUUGCUGCACAUCAUCAUUGACAUCCCCAUCACUGUCUACAAGCUCUUUGCGGAAGACUGGCCUUUUGGAGUUGAGAUGUGCAAACUGGUACCUUUCAUCCAGAAAGCCUCAGUGGGAAUCACUGUGCUGAGUCUGUGUGCUCUAAGUAUUGACAGAUACCGAGCUGUUGCUUCUUGGAGUAGAAUUAAAGGAAUUGGGGUGCCAAAAUGGACAGCAGUAGAAAUUGUUUUAAUUUGGGUGAUCUCUGUGAUUCUGGCUACCCCUGAAGCCAUGGCUUUUGAUUUGAUUACGCUUGACUACAAAGGAAGUCUUCUGCGAAUUUGCAUGCUUCAUCCCAAUCAGAAAACAGCCUUCAUGCAGUUUUAUAAGAUAGCUAAAGAUUGGUGGAUAUUCAGCUUCUAUUUCUGCUUACCAUUGGCCAUUACUGCAUUUUUCUAUACCCUGAUGACCUGUGAGAUGUUGAGAAAGAAGAGUGGCAUGCAAAUUGCUUUAAAUGAUCACUUAAAGCAGAGACGGGAAGUGGCAAAAACAGUCUUUUGCCUGGUGAUCGUCUUUGCCCUGUGUUGGCUUCCCCUUCAUCUGAGCAGGAUUUUGAAGCUCACUCUUUAUGAUCAGAAUGACCCUGGCAGGUGUGACCUUUUGAGCUUUUUGUUGGUGUUGGACUAUGUCGGGAUCAACAUGGCCUCCCUGAAUUCCUGCAUUAAUCCAAUAGCCCUGUAUUUGGUGAGCAAGAGGUUCAAAAAUUGCUUUAAGUCAUGCUUGUGCUGCUGGUGCCAGUCAUUUGAAGAAAAGCAGUCCUUGGAGGAAAAGCAGUCCUGCCUGAAGUUCAAAGUUAAUGACCAUGGAUACGACAACUUCCGUUCCAGUAAUAAAUACAGCUCAUCUUGAAAGAA